GGCCAUACACAUCCCGGUUCCCCCGCCGCGCAACUGCACAUCCCAGGCACUAUCUCCACCCGGGUGAUUGCAAUUCCCAGUCCAGCCGAUACAUACUUAAUCCGGCCGCCUUCCACUUCAUUCCAAAUGGGCUGUUGGAUGAUCUUUGUUUCCUUGAUCACCGUGAGUCAGUUCCGUACUCUCACUUUGCUACUCAAUUGAUGCUCUCCUCCGGUUAGCUCGGGGAGGGUUUGCGCCUCGCCGGUACAUGUAGAUCUCCACGAGACGACCCCAUUUGAGCGAACAAAAGACAAGGAGUCGGGCAUUCUUUUCCCUUGGCUAUAGCUCUUGGCGCUGUGGAAAAGCCGAUAGGCUAUAUAUGCGACCCAAGGGCGGAGGCUAUCUCAUACCAAGAAGUGACCGCCAGCAUGAGCCAGCAACUGCAUCUGAAUACAUCCAAUCUGGGGGGGAAUCCAAGAUACUCAUAUCUUGAAACCCCGUUGGAGAUGCAUGCUCCAGGUAACCGAUUGAGGAGCGAGGCCCAACCACCGGCAGCGACGUCGACCCUCCAGCCAGCGGAGAUACAGCCUGUCAUGGAGCAUUUUCAACCGCCUCUGAACGAGAAAGCGCAGCAAUACCAGCAAGACAUGGCUGUCUCCGGCUAUUCCUGCGGACCCAACCUUGAGCAGCACCCUGCCAACUAUGCUCCAUAUGCAGACGAGAUUCAACAAGUCCAGCACAACCCCAAAGUGGCCGAAUACCCGUAUGCAGAGCCUCCGCGAUCUCCGGGGCCACUCCCAGUCAAAGUAAAUCCCGAGUUAUCCCAACCACUGCCGAGUACACAACCCAUGGCUGUUGUUCCAGAUGCCAACCCUUUGCAUUCGCCCCAACUACCCCAGUUUCCCCCUCCAGUUGCCUCGGGGGCACCUGCAACGCCUGCAGCGAUUGACCUCAUGGCGUAUCAUCAGCCGGGUCAGAUCACCCAUCCCGACCUGGAGAUCAGAGGGGGAUCGUGGCGCACCCACAUGUGCGGUUGCUCGGAUAUUGGGGUAUGCUGUCUUGGGCUGACGUGCCCAUGCAUCUUGUACGGGAGGACGCAAUAUCGCCUUUCAAGGAAGUUGAGAAGUGAGGAUCCGACGAAUAUGCUUGGGUACGAUGUGUGCAAUCAUUCCUGUACCGCCAUGGCAUUGUGCUGUGGUUGUCACUGGAUAUUUGCGACGCUCCAGCACCGUCGGACACGCAAGGUGUAUGGGAUCGAAGGGGAUAUCAUCUCGGAUUGUGUUCGAGCGACGUGUUGCACAUGCUGCACGCUCAUCCAAGACGAAGCCGAGAUUAAGAAGCGAGAGGAGGAACGCGGGAUAUUUGCCGGGGCAGCUAUGGUAUCACCAUACAUGCCCCCUGUACAAAUGUCGUACGGUCCGCCUCCGAGGUGACCGGCCUUGUAUGAGUUGUCUGAGAUGUCUCAUCGGAUUGACACGGUUGUAAAGCUAGUGGUUGAUCAAUCUUGUCUUUUGUACUACCAUGUGAUGGAUCUUUCGUCAACUGCUUUUUCCAUGGCAGUCAUCUUGCGCUGCUUCUGUUGUGGAUACAAUUCGUUAGGUUCUGGGUGACCUGAGUUGAAGCCUGUACAUACAUCAUCAAUGUCCCCGGAGCAUGUUCUGAGGUCAUCCCUUCAAGAGAGUUGUUGUUGCUGUACUUCAUUUAAUGGACUCGUGUCUUGUCUUGAUCUUUGGGAAAUGUGGAAGUGAAGUGAAGUGAGAAACCUCCCGGCAGCACAGCAGGUCCCAAGACCGCCCGAGUACCCCUCCUUCCCAAAGAAACAUAGUAGCAUGCUUUAUACCAUGUUCCAAUUGCCCUCAUCUCUUCCAUUUUACAACCUUCACUGAGCGUGCCACUGUCUAUGCUUGUG